AUGCCAAGUGAGAGCGUGGAAGAUGUGUGUGUACGGUACGCGUGCAAAUGCGGACACCUGGCGCCUGUAAGCUCCCUUUUCUUCAGUGAAACAUGUGAAAAGCUUGUGUGUCGUGCUCCAGGCUGCAGUGUUGAGGAGUUUGAGUCGUAUUACUGUAGGAAUCUGGCGGUGAAUUUGCCGUCCAAGGAGGCGAGCAUGUACCAGAAUCGCUCGAGCCGAUGCUUCAGCUGCCCCGAGUGUGAGAAUACGCUGUCGACGGCCUUUCACGAGAGCAAACAGCGCUUCUUCUUGCUGUGUGCACACUGUCGCUGGGACUCGCUGAAGCUGGAGCUAGUGGAUGACGAUCCGGACGCUCUCAUUAUGACGGUCAUCACGCGGGAGCGACAGAUGGUCCAAGAAGACGUUUUUCAGACACUACACUCGUACUACUCAAUUAUCUCAAGCUCCUUGUCGAACGACGGGACGACAGCAGCUCUGUCGUCGAGCUCUGAAGCUGUUUUUGGUAACAGUAGUUCGCUCGAGUUGUUGGCAGAUUCGAUGAAGGAGCUGCAACGUGAGCACCAGAUGAAGAAGUUUAGACUGCAGAGAAUGGAGGAGAUGGGAGGAUGGAAGUAUGACCAGGCAAUUGCAAAAGUACAGGAAAAGGAGCAGUGGCUGUUGGAGCAGCGACGUGAACAUCAGUGGCCAGAGCUGACGAAGCAACUUGCAGCAUUGAAGACUCAUGGAAUGUCAUGGAAGAAAGAAACGCCAGAGAAGACUCGUGAGAUGCUAGAGAAUCUCGCGCAGAAGCGUGACAUGGGUCAAGUGUCGACGUUGCAUCAGCGACUACUAAAUCCGUUGGAUCAGUCGCGCGAAGUAGACAAUCUUUUUCCAUCUCGGCCACUGCUGCGAGUAAAGCGCACAUGGCGGUGUGUUGAUUCUAUUCAACGUGGCACAGCUGGCAUCCUUGUAAAGCCUCAGAUCAGUCCAAUGAGCGGAGAUAGCUCACUUCCUAUUUCCGCAUCUUGGUUUAAAAAGGCCAAUUUAGCCGCACAGUACGUGCCCGUAGUUACAUUCCAGCAGCUGCCUUACCGCAAUGCUGGUGGUAGCAUUGAAUGUGUGUUGCUUGUGGAAAACCCACUAGACGACGCCAUUCGCAUUACAUUCCGUUCCGCCCCUCCGCCUGAGGUUGAUGAAGAUCUGUCUGAGAACGGACAGGUGGUGCUGCAAGAUUUGACUCCGAUUAUCGUUGGACCGUAUGAAGACCCUGACCUUGCGGAUGCUUUUGUCGAUGAUGAAUCGUCAUUUGGUGCUAACGGUGACCACCAUAAUGCAAUGUUGCUUCAAGCUACUCGUAAUCUGAUCAAGAUCAAACUUCCUCUUGCCGUUCAUCUUGCUGCUGCGUCUCCAAAGUCGACUGUUUCAGCGCGAUUUAUCAUGGACACGGAAAAGUUCGAUGAAGAUGCCAAUGAGGUUAUUGAAAACUCACUUCUGAGCGUCCCGAUUGUGAUUACGGCUCCGAUCUCGCAAUAA